CCAAUACUGCUUACUGACUUUCAUCCCACCCUCUCUGCGCCCAGCACUCCCGUCGCUUCUCGCCCCCAACCCCACUCGCCUCAAAACCAUCAUCCCCUCACCAUCACCAGCGCUCGUACACUCUUAAAGGAUUUAUUUGAUCCGUAGGAUACGCCAUUUUCUAUCUCAGCGCGUAAAUCCCAUUUCAUUGUAUAUAAACCAACACUCCCUAAACGGUCCUUUGCUGUUGGAUUUAUCUGAUAGCAAGCAUACCCGCUCCGCAAAGCAACACCCUAUCUAUAACGCACCGCAGAUGCUCUUGCUCGUACCUUCGCAGAAGACAGAAGACAAUGGCACCCGCAAUGGGUCCACAUCCCACAACAGAGUCCUCGUUGUCCUGCCAUCAGACACGGAUCUCAGCUCCAAUGUCAUUGUUCCUGACACCGCCAUCACAACCACCCUUGGAACAAACGAUACUCUCGAUACCAUCUACGACUUUGCAAUCAGUCCGUUUUCUACAUAUAAGCGCGACUUUAUAGAUUCACCAAGGAACACCCGCGACCACCUGGGCAUCAUGCAGCUAUCAAGACCAGCACAUCGGCCUAUUCAGCAACCAAACAUCCAUCAAUCAUCAGAAUUUCCACCAGAAGACCAGUUCAGUCGAUCUCGCAGGCAUUCUCAUACAGGGCAUGUUGAGACACGAUAUUCAAGACCGUUCUCGUUCACCCAACCGCGCUCAAGGUCACGUCAGUCCCUUUCGCAAUCGUCACCUUAUCACACCCAACCUGUCCGGACACCUCGUGCCUUGCGAAGCGCAUUCAGGAAAGCGAGAAAAGACCAGUCGCCUCUAUUGACAUCAGCGAGUUUCGGCUCGGAUUAUGCGCUUCCAAGCAUGGCCAUCGACUCAAUGGACGACAACGUAGGUUUUCCAUCGAAACCCUGUAGUGGCCACAAUUCCUUGUCCCUAAAGACGGGCUACAGCGAAGGUUCAGGAGAUCACUUACCGAUGGCGGAUGGAAGAGCGAGUUCAGUGGGCGCAAUACAGUCGGGUUUAUGCAGAGCACACUCUGCAAAUGCUUUGACUGUGGCACAGGACAAAAUGGACCAGGAUCCUGACGUCAAUCUUGAAUUAAAUGAACAGCCACGCACGGGCCCCGAUUGCGCAUGGCGCCUCAUUCGCUCGAUUGCACACCCCGAAUCAGCCAAUGCAGCUUCUUCAAAACGACAUGCUCGGGAAUCUAGUGAAAUUUCGGAUGUAGGCGAGAUGUCUGACGAGGAAUCGAGCGCGAGCAAGGACUCAGAAUCUGCAGGGAAAGUUGUCUCUUGUGUCAUUUCAAAGUCAACAGGGACAAUGGACCACCCAACACAAGGAAACGGGAUUGUAAUGGAAGGAGAUGCUGAACUACAAAGUACCAUUGACGCCGACAUGACGAUGAUUCUCGGGAUGGCAUCUGAUAUGGAGCUGGUCAUGCCGACAUUCGACGACGACUAUCUACAGGACCUGAACGACGACUCCGCUCCAACUCGAUCAAGCAGAAGUUGUUCUGCCUCUGCAGCCUCAUCCGCUGAAUCACAUUCAUCAUCGACGACUGCGGCCUGGCUAUCAACUCAGUGCUCACUAAGAUCACACUCUUCGACACCCUGUGCGGUAUCUGUGGAAGUUGGACAACGGGCAGAUUCAGUGCCUACAUCUCCUGGCAUAUUAAAAGCCAGAGAGCGAGCACAUUCUCCUAUUGUUUGUCAGCAGGUCCUGGAUUCAUCCCCUUUGCAAAGUUCAUCGAAUCAGUCAGUCGCGCAAGAGGAUGCCUCUGCCAUCGGCAGCCAUAUCAAUAGCUCGAGACAUUGUCAUGAUAAUCUGAGACAUAAUUCCGAUACAUCUAAUAUGGACAGAGCGUCUGCCAGGUCAUCAACCUCCUCUCCAUCUUCGCGUGGAUCAUCUGUAGUAGAACAGCCCUCGUUAUCAUUUUCAUCCUCGGUUUCAUCGUCGUCGUCAUCCUCUUUAGUUACCACUGCAAGUGAAGAGCGCAAGAGCAAAGGACCUAUUUAUUUUAAGCCAACACAUCAUAUACUACCCGAACAACGCGUUCCUGGCGAGCACCCACAGCAGAACCUUAUGGUUAUUCACUCAGGUCAGUGGACAUCGGACAACAGGGAUCCUGCUGGAUCUAGGCCAUAUCAAUCUCAGUUUCGGCCAGGAUCAUCUUUUGUACCAGGAAGUGGCGGAAACCCUAUUUUUCGUAUACAGGAACCUUCACCCGUAUCCCCACCAUCGGUCCUGGAUAAAGGUGCGAUGAUGACAGCAAAUAACAUUUCCAUGAUCACCGCGAACAUGAGCGUGCUGACCCCUCAGGAGGUUCAGGAAGAUUAUUAUGCACGACGGACACUUCGAAUGCAGCAGCAGCAGCAGCAGCGUCAACGGCGAAGGAGUGCUGCGGUGGGGUCGAGCAGUGUGGGAGGGUUGGGGUUUCGGACGGAAGGGAUUUCGUCUCUAUGCCAGAGGCGCUUUUCAGCGUCUGAUAUCCAGCCAUUCGAAAAGCCGGUUGUGCCAGCCAUUGGAGCGAGUCCACUGCCAGCUUCGUAUUACAUCCCUCCAAGUGCCUUUCGGACUGAGGCCGCUGUGGCGGCAGAACAGGAAGCUGAACGGAAACGAAAGGAAGAAGAAGAGGAACUCAAGGAGUCGUUCUUGGUGUUUCCAUCGCCCACUUUGUCCUGAAGCUCUAGCUG